GUAUUUGAUUGGAUGAAAGCCUGUUGUGGAGUAAGAUCUCGUUGUAGAGAAACCAAACCCAGCGCGCCAAUAUUGUGUUUUAAGAAGUUGUGUUGCCUUUGCAUUUUCAAGAACGUAUACUCCAUUGAAAUGUCUUCAACCAGCAAAGUACCAUUAGAAGCAAGGAAUCUACCCUGGGUGGAGAAAUACAGACCUCAGAAACUAGAUGACCUGAUUUCCCACAAAGAUAUUCUAACUACAAUCCAGAAGUUUAUAAGUGAGGACAAGCUUCCUCACUUGCUCUUCUAUGGGCCUCCUGGGACAGGGAAAACAUCGACCAUUCUGGCCUGUGCUAAACAACUUUAUAAAGAAAAAGAAUUCAAUUCCAUGGUUCUUGAGCUUAACGCAUCAGAUGACAGAGGUAUUGAUGUUGUGCGGGGGCCAAUCCUGAGUUUCGCCAGCACGAGAACCAUUUUCAAGAAGGGCUUCAAAUUGGUUAUAUUGGAUGAAGCUGAUGCUAUGACUCAGGAUGCCCAGAAUGCUUUGAGGAGAGUCAUUGAGAAGUUCACAGAAAAUACCAGGUUCUGCAUGAUCUGUAACUACCUGUCGAAGAUAAUCCCUGCGCUGCAGUCCCGUUGCACCCGGUUCCGCUUCGGGCCAUUGUCCCAGGACCAGAUGAUCCCUCGGCUGGAGCACGUCAUCCGACAAGAGAAUGUGGACAUAACACCAGAUGGCAUGAAGGCUGUUGUGACUCUGUCGGGAGGAGACAUGAGACGAUCCUUGAACAUUUUACAGAGUACCAGCAUGGCCUUUGGUAAGGUGACGGAAGACUCUGUGUACACCUGCACGGGACACCCACUCAGAUCGGACAUUGCCAACAUUCUGGAUUGGGCACUGAACAAGGACUUCACCACAGCGUUCAACUUAAUUUUGCAGCUGAAAACACUGAAAGGCCUGGCAUUGCAUGACAUCUUGACUGAAGUCCACCUUCUUGUACACAGAGUUGACUUCCCACCUACUAUUCGAAUGGGCUUGCUCAUCAAGUUGGCAGACAUUGAGUAUCGGCUGGCUUCUGGAACUAGCGAGAAGAUUCAGCUGAGCUCAAUGGUUGGCGCUUUUCAAGCAGUGAGAGACAUGGUAGUCAGUGGGGCCUCAUAAACUGACUCAACUGAUACUGCUGUCCAUAGUAGGGUUAUUGGCUGUAAACUUAAGAACUCUGUUUUUGUUUUUAAAACAUCACUCUUCCAUACAUGCACUUAAACACACAAAGCAGAACUUCUAAAAACAAUUACACCAUAAGCCAUAUAUGAACAGAAUUAAACACAUGUAAAGAAUAAAUAUAUCUACAAUUUGGAAAUAAAUAGAGACUUUUGUAA